GCUCAAAUUAUAUUGUAAAAAAUGUUAUAUUUCGCCUCAAAAUAUAUCAAGUAGGAAUGUAUAUCAUAAAUGUGCAUUACAAAUGUGCGCCAAGCAUCAUUCACGUAUAUAGACGGGUUCACAUGCUUUUGCUUCUCCUCUGCUCCUUCCAUGACUUGUAUUUAGGAAAUUUCAGACCGGUCCUUGAAUUCAGUCAACCUCUGAUUCUGUUUGGCUUCGCCGGAGAAGAAGUGACCGGCGUCCGGCUCGAUGACGCCGGGGACGAGGCUGCCGUCGUGGAAGGAGAGGGAGAACAACAAGCGGCGGGAGCGGCGGAGAAGGGCGAUCGCCGCCAAGAUCUUCGCCGGACUACGAAUGUACGGCAAUUACAAGCUCCCCAAGCACUGCGAUAACAACGAGGUCCUUAAAGCUCUCUGUAAGGAAGCCGGUUGGAUCGUCGAAGACGACGGAACUACUUACAGAAAGGAACAUCUUUGCGGGAUGGAGGGAGUCUUUAAAAGUUCCAUACAUUUUCUCUUUUUGGGAUGCAAGCCGGCAGAACUCAUAGUCAUGGAUAAUAUUACAGGGGGUUCAGUACCAGUAAGCCCCCCAUGCUCAUCAUCUUUCCCUAGCCCAGUUUCAUCCCAUUAUGUAUUUAGCAAUGCCAACAAUGACACUGAUCCCAACUCUCUUAUUCCCUGGCUUAAAAAUCUUUCUCAUUCGUCAUCCCGCCACCAUCCCUACAUCCCUGGCAUUUCCAUCAGCGCUCCGGUCACCCCGCCCUUGAGCUCACCAACCGCCCGUACCCCAAGAAUGAAAGACGGCCAUCAAAACUAUCCUUUCCACCCGUAUUAUUCUUCGAAAACAUCGCCAAGUCCGCCUGGGUGGCUCUCAGGUGUACAAACCCCACAAGACGGACCCUCAUCCCCAACUUAUAGUCUCGUCUCACAAAACCCGUUUGGGUUUAGGGAGUCACUAUCGAACCACGGAUCACGGAUGUGGACUCCCGGGCAAAGUGGUACAUGCUCUCCUGCAGUUGCUGAAGUGGCCAUGUCAGAUGCAUUUCAAGCCGAGUUUGCAUUCGGGUGCAAUUCCAAGGGUGUAGUUACACCAUGGGAAGGAGAAAGGAUUCAUGAAGAAUGUCUCAAUGAUGAUCUCGAACUUACUCUCGGCAACCCGACCACUCGAGAGUAAAAGUUCAAGACAUAGAAUGAGCAUUUCUUUGUUCAUUCUCUACUACUUCAUUCGAAGGAGCUCAUGUGUGAUCCACAUGAAACCAAUGCCUUUAUUUCCACAUUUGGUUAUGUGAAAUGUGAAUACAUUAAACCUUGCUCACAUGAGCUCCUUAGAUUUACUCGUCAUUCGUUAUGUUUCUCUCUUUGUUUUUCGCGGGAGAUAACCUUCGAAUUGCUGCUUAUAUGGUGGCUUUAUCUGUAUGCACCUAUUUAGCUCAAUUUCUAUCUGUUACCGUAUUGUUACUCAGAUUUUUCUGGAUACAUUUCCUUGAAGGUAAUUGUGGGGAUUUAUGCAAUUCUUAGUUCUCUUUGUACCAGUACUAUUAAAAAAGACAUAACAAGGACUUA